CGGUCGACUGCUUUCCUUCGCGGCUUGGAGUGAAAAUCAAUACCUAUUCCUUUCAACGCUGUUGCACAAGAAAAACCUUGAAUGUUUUAUUUUCUCUUCCAUUGCCUGUAUCUUCUCCUGCAUCAACAUCUGAUUCAACCUUGACUUUUGUUGUAGAAGCCCGGUCUUCUCCACCUCAAGCCUGGGCUUCCAGCUCAUCCAGCUAAAGCUGUCAUCUCUAUUCCAGCUUUACGGUUCACAUUUCCAUUUCAGCUGAGUUGUCUCGUUCGUCCACUGGCUUCCCUAUUCAGGCAAACCAAAGCGUGGUAUAUCAUACUUGUUUUGUUUACAGAGAUAUCAACUUCUUGUAACUCACCAAACAAUAACCUCCCUCCCGCCGUUCCUGACCCAAACCAGUAAACCGUCUUAACACGCCCUUCAAAGUCUAAUCCCGCCUCCGUCGACGCCGUCCCAAGACAAGCUAGACCUGAGCCACGGAUUGCCUGACCUUUACGGCACUUUUCCCUCUCAGCGCCAUGCCAAUUCCCUGUCGCCAGUCACUUGUCGAUUCGAAGUAGAUCAACUCCACUGACUUUCUUUUGGACCUUGUCUCGAGGUCGAGACCGCUGACGCCCCGGCCAUCGCUUCCUUCGCCCACGACCAGUGCAUUCACAACUGGCAACUCUGAAUAUUUACUCUCCCUUGUGAUUUUGUCGUUCGGCUCCUCAUCAUUUGCCCAUCGUUUAAUACCCAACUCGCACGGAACGGCGUUCAAUCUCCAUGACUUAUAACGCAGCACCGAUAUGAGCCCUCCCGAUCCCGAACAAACUCGUGAGAGCAGCCAAACUCGAGCUAUUAGGCCCGCAGCAGCUGUGCACGACACCGGCUUUCCCUUGGCUUGCUCUGAAUCACAUCAAAAUCAGAUCCAAGCUCCUGUUCCGACCUCACUUGACAAUGCGCGACAGAGAGCCACUUUCGACUUGGUGAAUGAUAUCAAGGGCCAUGAUGCCACCCCACGACCAUUUGCCGGGGGACGUUUCCUCAGGGAUCUGGGAGAUGCUUCGCGCUCACCUUCGCAAAGCCCUUUUCGCCUAGCCAUGCCUAGUAUAUCUCCUGCCCAGCUUGCAUUCUCUGCCAUGCAGUACUUGCCGGUACCAACUCUUGUUCUUAAUAAUCUUAAGACAGUCGUCCUGGCCAACGAAGCAAUGGGCAGAAUGCUAGGACUCAUUACGGAAGAUUCGGAUGAAGAGGAUACUCUGCCGACUAUCGAAAGCCUUCGCGGCCAGACCUUGUCUCAAGUCGGUGUUGAUAUCCUCCAGGAUGGACAGCCUGUGUGGGCAACGUGGGAGGCUUUCCUCGAUUCUCAGGUGGAUGAAAUGGGCGUUCGAUUCGCAGCAAGGGAUCCACGACAACCAUCACAGUCCGCCGGUGAUGAGACGCCAACCGCAAGCACAAUGCCUUUCCCCGAGAGGGCACCAAGCCCACCUGCGCGUAAAACACAGGACUCCAUCGUGGAAGUUGUAAUCACCCGCAAAAAUGGCAACAAGGCAGCGUUUGAUGGCCGCUAUAAUCCUAAAGAAUCGGAUUGUCAAGUAUAUGCUAAGAUGAUUAUUACAAUAUGGGAACUUGAAGAUCGUCAGACGUUCUUCACGCUCACUUUUACCAGCACGGAAUCCCCGUCAUCCACUCUUCACAGCACGAAACGACCCAUUGCGAGACCGAGUAUCCUCGAGGCAGCCGAGCGCAAAUCCAUUGCUCACUCAAACCCGUCGUCGGUUGCGUCAAGUCGAGACUCGAAUUCACCAUCAUUUCACAGCCCAGGAAUUGUCACCAUGUCAUCUAGCCCUUUCCCACCGAUGGGCCCCCCUUCUUUCGCAACCCAUUCAAGUACGCCUUCUCUUCUGCAAAAGAUGCUGUUGAUGAAAGACGCACUGCUCAACAAUACCCAAAUGCCCAUUUUAGCAAUGUGGAAAGAUGGCAGUGUCACUUUUCCCAACACGGCUGCUCGGAAACUCUUUGAGAAAGAAGCCCCACUCGAUACAUCUCUUAAUGGCUUUGAUCUCCUGCGGUAUUGGCACAUUUACACUGAGGACUUCUCGGAGCGCUUUGCGGUCGAGGAUAUGCCUAUUUGCAAGCUGCUCAAGACAGAGAAGCCCUUUAGCGGAUUCCGUGUUGGCAUGUAUGAUGAAAACAGAAAUAAGCGGAUUUACGAUGUCCUUGGUGAGGCUAUUCGGGACGAUUCUACUGGCGAGUUUCUCGCUGGUGUAGUUACUGGACGGGAUGUUACUGUCAUGACAGAAGAGAUCACACAAAUAAAAGAGCGGGAUGAAGAGCGUUUCAAGCUAAUUUGCGACACAAUGCCUCAACUGGUAUGGACGGCAAUGCCUGAUGGCAUGGUCGACUUCUGGAACACUCGAUUUUACACUUACACCGGGCUCACUCCAGAGAAUAGCCUCGGCAAGUCAUGGGUAAACGCUUUCCACCCCGAUGAUCUUCCUGAAGCACACCGGAGAUGGCAACACUCGCUUGAUACAGGCGAUAGUUACGUGACGGAAUACCGGUGUCAAAGUAAAGAUGGUAACUGGCGUUGGUAUCUCGGCCGGGCACUGCCUCAGCGUAACAAAGAGACCGGGAAAGUCGAGAAGUGGUUUGGAACCUGUACCGAUGUCCACGAAAGUAUCCAAACCAAAAUGAGCGCGAAACGGACACGACAACAACUUCUUAGCGUCAUUGCCCACUCUCACGUUACCAUUUUCACCGUUGACCCCAAUCGAAGGGUCACAAUGCUCGAAGGCGCAUUGAUCUGGAACAACACUCACGAAGAGAACCAUGAUGGAACGAGGUGGUUCAUUGGAGAGAAUAUGUAUACUGUAUUCAAUCGCUUGACAGCGCAACUGGCAGACGGAGAACGUCCUGAAUUCCUUGAACCCAUAGAGCUGCUGCUCGAUGGAAAAGCUACCGAAGACCUCAAGGAACACGGCAUCGACGACCGUUGGUACCGAACUCGUUUCCUUCCCAUGUUUGGCAAAAGGCCACAAGAAGGAGAUGCCACGAGCGACACGUAUAUCGAAGGGGUCAUUGGCGUGAUCAUGGACGUUACCGAACUGAAAGUCCGCGAGGAAGCCCUGGAGAAACAGUCCAAAGAAAAGCGAAGGGCGAUGGCCAAUGAAGCAGCUGCCAAGGAGGCCAAUAGACUAAAGAGUCAAUUUCUCGCCAAUAUGUCUCACGAAAUCCGAACGCCCAUCACUGGUGUGUUAGGGAUGGCCGAAUUACUUAGCGGAAUGCAAUUGGAUGCAGAGCAACAAGAAUACGUUGAAAAUAUUCAGAGCUCGGCAACAUCUCUGUUAACCGUUAUCAAUGACAUUCUAGACUUCUCGAAGGUCGAGUCUGGGCGGUUGGAUAUCGAAGAGGUACAAUUCUCCUUAUCCCAUAUCGUCAAGGAAGUGGGGAGAAUGCUUCAGUUUGCUGUUGAACGAAAGAACCUUGACUUUCAAUCAGAUAUUGGAGAUGGCAUCGAAAACGAUUUGGUGGUCAUUGGCGACCCUGGACGUGUGCGACAGAUCCUGACCAAUCUUCUUACCAACAGCAUUAAAUUCACGAAUCAAGGAUACGUCAGAUUUUCAGUCACGGCAGAGAAAGAGACCUCGGAAUCUAUCGAGGUGCGAUUUACGGUUGAAGAUUCGGGCAUUGGAAUUCAGGACGAUGUUCGCAAGAAGCUUUUCCAGCCAUUUAGCCAAGGCGAUGCCUCAACUGCCCGACGAUUUGGUGGUACUGGACUGGGUUUGACAAUCUGCAAGAACUUACUUGACCUGAUGCACGGCCGUAUCUCACUCGAAUCGAAUGUCGGCGUUGGAACUCGAGCAACCUUCUGGAUUCCUUUCAAUAAACCAAGCGGCCCGGCUGAGGCUGGCCUCGCUAAUGCUGGUGCCAUCCCUGACCGGCUGCAGUCUGAACUUAGCUUGUCUUGCAACAGUUCGGAAUACGAUCAGAUUGUUGGCACCCCUCCGCCCUUCGACGGAAUACAGGCCAACAAUACGGGAUCACGUCGAACCCGGUUUGGCAUAUCAUCAACAUCAAGCCCAGACCAAGAACUUCCAGCAUCAGAAAGAGCUAAGAUACACGUUUUGGUGGUGGAAGAUAAUCCUAUCAACCAGAAGAUUGCUACGAAAACCAUUGGCAAACUCGGUUUCCAAGUGACGGCUGCUUGGAACGGCAAGGAAGCACUGGAAUAUCUUGCUGGUGUUCACAAAGGUAUCAAACAGAAGCCAGAUAUCAUUCUCAUGGAUGUACAGAUGCCCAUCAUUGAUGGCUACAAGUGCACUCAUCUUCUAAGACAUCACAUGCCUUACAAGCCUUUGGUUGAAGAUGUGCCGAUUGUGGCCAUGACGGCAUCGGCUAUCCAGGGCGAUCGUGAAAAAUGCACCAAAGCUGGGAUGGAUGAUUAUCUUGCCAAGCCAGUCCGGGGUGUUAUCUUGGAGAAGAUGCUUUUGCGAUGGUGUCACGCUCGACGCCGGACAUCGGCGACACCAGACCCUACUGCUUCAGAUUGCUCAGAGAUGAGCGAGCACUGCGACAAUGCUGAUAUCCCGAACAUUGGCAUCGACGACAAUGACAUACCGCAGACAUCUGAGGACAUCAAUGGCAGCCCCAUCACACCUCGGCCUUUAACCACCAAUGGAUACCAAAAUGAGCCGUCACCCUUUGAUUCUACCGGGCUGGCAGUUCAGGUCCGACGACCAGAAGGAGAGACUGAAUGGUCUAAUAGGCUGCAAGAAACCAAACUCAUCGACGCUGCAGGGGGGUCGUCAAGCUACCGGAGGAACUCAUACCACGAAUUACAGACCGGAGAUUCGUUGACCGAGGAGAAUGUCAACAAGUUGAAGAGCGAGAAUCAGUCGACGACACGUCGAUAAACCAAUGAAACCAUCGGCCGGGCUCCGGAACCAACAACCAAUCGGUUCAUCGCGACCGAAACUAUUGAAACAUGUUGUUGCUUGAUCGCCGAUCUAGCCUCGCCCACAACGGGAAACAAUACCCACAAUCACAUACAGAACCACUUGUCCGAUAAGCGCGGAUCAUUUUUACACUCUUCUUUCGGCUACAGCAUUGGCAACAAAAGCAUGUAUGCAUUGAUUGCAUUACACACGGUGGAAAUGGCGUUGAAACGGGAUACCGCUCACAUUUAGCGAGCAGAAGAAUCAGCGGAGAACAAACUCAGGCCAAUUAUGCCCUGAAUUUUGUGCUCUUAUUGUUGCGUGUUUUGUCUUUUUAUCAUCUAUAGACGGACGGGUUCCAGCAUUCUGGCAAAAAGAAAAACGGGAGGACCUUUCUGAUUGCCUGUACAUGCUUUGGCAAAAAAAUACGCAUCUAUGGAUUAUGGAUUGGGAAGAUAAAUAGUUGAAAGGAUUAAGUUUUUUUGUUAUGUACGAAACAGCAGGAACAUGGAUGAAUGAUGGGAUGGAUCGAUGAUACCUUUUUUGACCCUUUAAUAUUUACUAUUUCAAUGAUUUGAAGCUGGACUAAGAUACAUAUUUAGUCCAAGUGGCCCAUACAAUUGCUCCUCGCUUGUUAUAUUCAAACUUUUAAUAAUGCCAAAGAGAUUACUCUUCAAUGGUUAUCGUGAG